GGCGUGGUGUGAAGGGGGGCAAGCGGGGAAUUCGUAAAAAUUGGCAUGGCCGCUAGUCUCUGUCUACAAAAUAUUACGAAAACGUAAAUAAAAAUAUACGGAAAAACGGAGAGAAAAACCUCAAGCAGGUGUUUGUAAACGUGUCCGUGAACUCUUCUGUGUGCCAGAAAAUUUAUAGUUAUCCGGAAAGUGCGUGAAAAGACGUGAAAUUUGAUGAGCAGGUUGUUGGCCGUAAAAUUGUAGAAUCUGACAUUUCCUUUCACUGCUUCUCUGCUGAACCAGUCAUGGGAGUCAGAUAUUAGAAUCCGAAGCAGGGAGAGGCAAAUUUAUUCAGAAAAAAUGAGAAAACGACACAGAAAGUUUGGUUAAACCUAAUAUAUUAGUUUUAGUUUGAAAAGAGUAGCUUUAGAAACUAUAAUUUCUACUUAACUAGGACCACCAGAAUUAAGUACCCGGAAACAAUAACCUUCAAAUAAGCAUAACUACUUAAUUUUCCUAUUAUUUUAAAGAGCUUCAAUCAAAAUGUCUUUUUUCAAUAAUAUCAGAAAAGUUCUGCAUUUUGGCGGCAAUGAUGCUAAAAAGAAAAAAGUUUAUAAUAAUGUCCGCAUGGAGACUGAUCCUGAAGAAUAUUGGGACAUGAUUGGAGAGCUGGGAGAUGGGGCCUAUGGUAAAGUAUACAAGGCACAACAUAGGCAGACUGGUCAACUGGCUGCAGCUAAAAUGUGCAGGCUUGAUGGGGAAGAUGAACUUUCCGAUUUUAUGAUAGAAAUUGAUAUCUUGACUGAAAUUAAGCAUAUCAACAUUGUGGAGUUACUUGAAGCUUUUCAAAAAGACCAACAAUUAUGGCUGCUGAUAGAAUACUGUGAUGGUGGCGCCCUGGAUAGCAUAAUGAGUGAACUUGAAAAGCCACUAAAUGAGCCUCAAAUUGCAUAUGUUUGUCAAAACAUGUGCAAAGGGUUACAGUUUUUGCAUAAAAGCCAUGUGAUACACAGGGACCUGAAGGCUGGUAAUGUGCUGCUUACUAUGGCGGGAGGGGUAAAAAUUGCUGAUUUUGGAGUGUCAGCGAAAAACAAAUCGACACUUCAAAAACAUGACACAUUUAUUGGAACGCCAUAUUGGAUGGCCCCAGAAGUGGUGCUUUGUGAAACUUUUCGGGACAAUCCGUACGAUUUUAAGGUUGACAUUUGGUCUUUGGGCAUUACGCUUAUUGAGUUCGCGCAGAUGGAGCCACCAAACCAUGAAAUGUCUCCUAUGAGAGUAUUAUUAAAAAUUCAGAAGAGUGACCCACCAAAACUGGAACAACCAUCGAAAUGGUCGUCGGAUUUCAAUGACUUUAUAGCCAAGGCUCUCAUAAAAGAUCCUCAGAAGAGGCCGACGUGCGAUGAUUUAGUAAAGCAUCCCUUCAUUAGUGGAACCUUGGAUUCUAAGCCUAUAAGGGACCUGCUUCUUGAAUACAAGGCGGAGGUGGUUGAGGAAGAAUUGACGGAUGAUGAUCCUGAGGACAAUCGAGCUUCUCAAGUACCACUAGACAUCGAGGAAGAUUCAGCUUCAGUGCAAAGCAAUGAGGUUGACCAAAAAGAAUCUCCGUCCCCAAGCUCAGAGAAAGACGACAAAAAGGUAACAAAACAACAGAGUCCAAUUGCCGUCCCGAUCCCAGUUGCACCUGAAAAGAAAAUCUCACAAACUGACAAAAAGGACGAUGUUUCCACGCGCAGAUCAUCUCACGAUAAAGGUCGAGCGCCUCCACCUCCUCCGUUACAAACUCAACAAUCCCAAGAACGUGAAAAAGGCCCUGCGCCACCACCGCCUGUGGCUAAUCAUGUCCCAAUUCCUCCUCCUCCUCUUCCUGUGCCACCUAAAUCACCCGAUCAACCCAAACCGGCAGCCAUUCAGCCCAUCAUCCAACCAAGUCCAUCGUCAAAGGAUCCAUCUUUGCCUCCAAGUCAACCGCAAAAGGAAAGUGUGGCAGUUGUACCAUGCCCUGCGCCUGUUUUGCCUCCUGGUUUUACGUUGCCAAUGCCACAGUCUUCGCCUUACACGCCACCUGACUCGCCUCCAGAAGAUCGAAAACUCAUUGAAUUGAGGGAUAUUCCGUUACCACCAACUCCUACGAUUGAAGUAAAACCUAAACCAGAUAUUCAAGGAAAAGAUCACACAGAUGACGUUAGCAGGUCAUCCAACAUCGCCCAAGUUAAAAAGGCUUUAGAGAGCCAACUAGGAAAGCGGUUAUCCAAAGAAAAGUCAGCAUCUAUUGAGAAAAUCGAAGACAAUGUUGUGACUGUCAAUUCUAGCACUACAACACCGGAAGAUUCUAUGACUUUUGUGAGGUCGUCUACACCACAAUCUGAUAGAAAUAAAAAUACAUCCACCAUAACAAUAAAUUCGGACCUGCCGGAUCCUUCGAAUAGCCUUGCUUCGAAUAUAAGCCAGGUAACUGUGGUAACAACCCAUCCACCGAUAAUAAUUGAUAAUUCAUUGAUGAUAUCGAGAACUUCUUCGACAUCGCCCAGUAAUCAUAGUUCGAGCGAAGUCGUUAUUGUUGCCAAUGAGACCAAUAAGACCCAUAUAGAGUCUUCUGAUGAUGAUGAGUUUUGUCCUUCGCUCGACUCGCUUGAGUAUCCUCCACCAAGUGAGUUCAGGGAUAAACCACAUGGAGCGAAGGGAAAGAAAUUGGAUGAAAGCGAGGUAUUAAUCGUUGAUUCCAGUUAUGUAAUUAAUGACUCGGGCUUAGAAGUCUCAGACGAUAAUUCAAGAUUAUUGGAUACUAGUCAUGUUUCUGUUGUUAAAAUUGAUGAGGAGAAGGUUCAAGUUAAGGAUUCUACGUCUUAUAAUAUCGAUAAGUCUGGUCCUGAGAACUUCAGGAGUUCAAUGAGUGAUCUAUCGAAUUCAAGCUCAGGGAAAUCUGGUAGUACCAAGAGUGAAUAUGGAGAUGAAAUUAGAGGAACAUCCAUAAUUUUAGACAACUACAAAAUGAAUGGCAGAAUUAUUCAUUCUGGAAGUGGGGAUGAUUAUAAGAGGAAUGCUUUGAAUGGAAAAACUUACUCGGAUAAUUACGAGUCGGCAACCAGCGAAAGAUCACACAGCGAUUGUGGUUCAGUUAGGAGUACUGAUUCACACCACCGUAGGCCAGUAUCAGUAAAUAAAUCAGACGUAGAGAGUAUAUCUAUUACCAGCCACGAAAGCCGUGGAAGUAACGGAAAAGAUUCUACCAAAAACGAGGAUGAUAUUGACGAUGAACGUGUGGUGCUAAGAAAACAACCUAAAACUCAAUCACAAACCCUUGCCAUGAUGAAUAGGAAAACUCGAAAGAGGACGAGGAAGUUUAUGAUAGACGGCGUCAUGAUUACCACAACUACAAGCAAAGUUAUUUAUGGAGACGAUGAUAAUCCUCAAUUUGAUGCACUUUUUAAUAGGAAACAAGAACUAAGGGAAUUGAAGUUACUACAAAAGCAAGAGCAAAAGCAAUUCCAAGACUUGGCAACUAAAGAGAAUUUGGCAUUGGAACAGCAAGAGCGGAAAUUUGAACAAGAAAGGCAAAACCUUGAAAGGACUUAUGAAAACGAUUUAGAGAUAUUAAGCAGACAGCAAAGGUUACAAAUAGAAAGGGCAGAAGCUCAACAAGAUGCUGAUCUACGGGCAACUUCAAAGAAAAUCAGAGCAGAACAGGAAAAAGAUCUUAAAAGCUUCAGGGAUGGCCUUAAACAAGAACUUCGACUUCUUAAGGCUGAAGUCGAUUUGUUACCGAAAGAACGACGAAAACAAGAGUUCAAAAUUCGAAAAGAGAAAAUGGACUUGGACCACUCAGAGAGGGAAAAGGCAUUUUUAGAAAAAUUAAACGAAAAUCAUGAGAGCUCGUUGAGGCGGCUCAGCGAUUCUUAUAGAGAAAAAAUAGCGUUAAUGGAGAGGCAAUUCUUGCAACAAAAACAGCAGCUUACUAGAACAAGGGAGGCAGCUCUAUGGGAAGUAGAAGAACGCCACAUUCAUGAAAAACACCAACUAAUGAAAAGGCAGAUAAAGGAAAUUUUCAUUUUACAAAGGCAUCAAAUGUUAACAAGACAUGAAAAAGAAAAGGAACAGAUUAAGCGACGGGCUACGAGAAAGGAGGAAGAGCUACUUAAGAAGCAGGCAACCGAAAAACGAAACUUGCCGAAACGCAUCAGAACCGAGAUGCGUGCCAGGGAGGCGAUGUUUAGAGAAUCGAUGCGAAUAUCGAUUUCUGGAGCAUCAGAUCCUGAACUUGAAAAAAUUAAAUUUAAAGAGUUCCAAGAGAAAGAAAAGAAGAGAUAUCAAGCUGAACAGCAAAGGUUUGAAUUGAAGCAUCAGAGGCAGUUGGAGGAACUGAGAGCCAUGAGCGACGCGACCAUAAAAGAGCUAGAGCAACUACAAAACGAGAAAAAGAAGAUGCUUUUGGAACAUGAAACCCUUAAAUUAAAGCAAAGGGAUGAGCAAUUCACUACGGAGUUGCGGGAAUGGAGAGCUCAACUUAAGCCUAGAAAACAGAAACUAGAGGAAACCUUCGCCCAGCAGCUUGAAGAGCAAGAGCGCGUCUAUGGUCCUAUGAACACGCCACUGAUCCUGCCCUCAGACCUUUCUGACCUCAAUACGGAUUCAGUAAGCCGCGUCGGCCUUAGUUCUACUAGAAGUAGCCUUAGUUCCGUAUCCGAAGGUUAAUCAAAUUAGCUUUUAAUUGAUGUACAUAAUUAUAUAUUUUUUUGUUCAUAGUCUCUUAGUUAGAUUAGCCCAGGGUUUCGGAAAGUGUUUUGUUCAGAGUGGAAUGUUUUUUCUCAAAUUAUCCUUACUGAAAAUAGUGGUCAUAACAUACAUAUGAAGUUCGGAUACUACUAUCACAAGUAUUUCUAUAUUUUAAUGAAUAGCGUAUUAUUUAUUUUUAUAAUAACGUUUUAAUUUUACUUUUAUGUUUAUUUCACAAGGUGCUAUAAGGUGUAUUUGUAGUUUUUGUUGAAUGAAUGCGUCGCUUCUUUUAAAGGAUUGUCAAAACUUUUUUUAUAGAAGAUUCUGCUUUUUUGGAACUAUUUUACUUAAAGAACUACUUUAUCAAACAUAUACUCAAAUGGGUUUAAAUAAAAUUAAACCUAGUUGUAUAAAUAAAAGAAAUUUAAAUUCGCUUGAUGUACAAAUCAUUUAUUACAGUCCGUUCAAUAUAGACUCUAAAUUUAGUUUUUGUUAUAAGGCAAAAAUACUGGGUUAAUCUAACUAAUAAAGGUUAAAUAUUAACCCUUUAUAAAGAGACCAGGAUUAGUAGUAAGCUGAUGUGCAAACAUUUUUUGAAUCCUCCGUUCAUUGAUUUCCUGUUAUAAAAAGUGUUUUAGAUUUCUGUUUACAAAAGUUUUAUGACCAAUAAAACUUUGCUGUAUAUUUUGGUUUUUAUAAACGCGUGAAAACAUUUUGAUUUUUCGGGAACAUUGUUUAUUAAGUACUUGCUUUGAAGUUACCGAUUUUACUUUUUUGAAACAUUAAUGCACAUCGUAGUUUUUUCGAUUAUAAUUAUGUAGUAUUAAAAAAAGGUGUAUAUAGCGUUGAUUAACCCGACUGAAUAUUUUUAAUCUGAUAUUUUGUAAGAUAGGGAAGUACACUACAGGAACAGGAUUUUCAUAGUUGGUACUAAAUUCAGUCAAAAAUUUCAAUAUACUAUUUGGUUAAAAAAUAAAGAAUUUUUUCUUCUUGCAUGGGACGGCGAAUAUUGCUAAAGGAUAGUGCCAUCUAAAAAAAUUAUAUUAUGAAACUAAUAUUUAUAAUUUAUUAAAUGUAUGACAGCAACUGACUGGGAAUUAUUUCAAUGGCACCGAAUAUAUGCUGCGUAUCCAUACUACAUUUUUGAGCUAAGUAGAACCAACAUUGUUAAAGGGUUGAUUAUUAUUGCAAUUAUACAGUGUCUACUUAAGUUCUUUUAAAUGGAAAAGUAAUUAUAACAUGCCGUUAAAAAUUCUCUUAAUAUAUUCAUCUGUUUCAGCCGAAUUCGAUGGGACUUAGUAUAUAACCGUAUAUUUUUCAAUAUUUAGAUGAAGCUAAGCAAAAUAACAGCAAUUAUUAUUACUUAGGACUUUAGAAGGACAGUGUGAUAUAUUAUCUUAUAUAACAAAAUAUUUUAUUCUUAUAAGAUCAUUUUUAUAUCCGCAAAUAAAAACGUUAUCACAGUGUCCUGUAUUAUACAUAUAAAUAAAUAUGGAUGUACAGUCAUUGUAUUAUUUUAUUUUUAUGUUAUUAUUAUUAUUAUUAUUAUUAAAAUAAAAAAAUAUUAAAAUACUUUUAAAAAAUA